AUGUCUUGUGACAGAGGCCCCGCUGUGUACCAGGAGCGACUGGACGCAUACCGUUCGGGGUACGAGAUGACCUCGGACUGCGACGACUACAGCGAGACCACGAAUCCCGACGCGGAGGUGAUGGAGAUCCAUUUCGUGCACGGGCAGGACGGCAGGGCGGGGGUCAUCCAGGCGAACCGCGUCUACGGGUUUUGCCGCCUGCUCGCGACGGCCGUGGUCGGGAGCGCCCUCUGGGGCGGGGCCGCGUCGGGGUAUGGACCGUUGCCCGACGGGCCUUUCCUCCCCACGCUGUCUGUGAUGAGCUGUGCGGGGGGGCCGGCGGGCGGCAAAUCGCUGGCUUGCCCGUCCCUCGUGGACCCCUCGCUGGUCGACGUGGCCGGAGGGGGCCCCGCGCCAGCGGCUCCAGGGGAGCUGGCACUCCCUGGGGCGGCCCCGCCCGCCCCACCGGUGGCCGCGGCCGCGCCGGCACCGGCAGCCGCGAGGCCCGCCGCCGUGGCGCUUGCCCCCGGGGCGGCCGCAGCGCCAGUGGGUCGGGCGCUGGCGGCACCAGUCACCGUGGCGGGCGCGCUGCAGCCGAGCGGGGAGCCCGCUCCAGGCUGGCCCUGGGUGGCCGCUGAGAACGUCGACGGCUUCGUGUCCUUCGGCGCGGAGGUGGCCGUCGAGGUGCCGGGCGGAGCGUUUCUCGUGGGACGCGCGGGGCACCGCGGGCUUCCCACGCUCGCCGGUGGCGGCGUAACCCGUGCGGUGCUGCUGCCGGACAGCGAGAUCGUGUGGUUCAUGCAGGAGUGCCGCGGGAGGGACGCGUGCAGGCCCGAGGCCCCGCCUUGCGCUGGGCAGCCUGAGGACAUCUCGCGGGAGUGUCGCGAGGUGGUGCAGCUGUGUCGCGGGGAGGCCGUCACGCGGUUUGCCGUGGCCCUGCUUUGGAUGGCGCAGUGCUGCGCCAAGUUCCAUGUGAAGAAGUGGGGCCUGGGCCUCCAUCAUGAGAUGUGGAAGUCAAAGCGCAGGCUGAACCCGACCGACUUCAGGGUAUACAUGCACGAGACCCUGUCCAAGAUGAUCGAGACCAUGGGCUCUGCCGAUCACCUGGGCGUCUACAACUGGACGAGGGCGGAGCUCGGCUACAGGAGGCUCCGCCUUAUCGAGCACUACUGGGACGACAAGAGUGCGGAGCAGCAGCAGCAGCACAACAUGAAGAUGCCCCUGGCGGAGGCUUUUGGAUUCAGAGGGGUUUCGAGGUUUCCCUCGCUGGUGUGCCCUGAGCUGCUCGACUUAGUGUCGGAUGAGGUGGAGCUGUUCCACGGCAUCAAGAUGAACGCGAGAAGACCCAGGGAGGAGCGGAAGUCCCUGACUGGUGUCGCGCGCCGGCCGCUCCCGGCGGCAGCGGCGGUCGCGCAGACGCUGCAGGGGGAGCUCGUGACCGAGCUCGUUGUGGCGCUCAACCAGCUGGAUGCCGGCUCUGAUGACCCGCCUCGCUGUGCGGGCCAGGAGCCCAACAGGAUGCAGCAGCUUUGCUUGGAGCAUCUCGCCGACAGCUGCGCGGCGAUGGGCUCCAUUCCUCCAGACUUGUCGACCGAGGUGGCCCUUCAGGAGCUCCAGGUCGGCGCUGGCUACUCCGACGGCGAGCCCGUCUCGGUGGCCCCCUUCGCGCACGACCUCGUGUCUCUUCCAGCUGUGGGCGGCGCGCCUGUGCCCCUGAGCCAGCUGUUGGGAGCCGACGGUCCAGACAUCGUGCGAGGGUUCAUUACUUCGAAGGUAUUGCCAAUUCAAAGCGCCGAGAUUUUUAAGAGGGAGGCUGGCUUCGCACGCCCUUACCUGGAUCCAGUGCUGCGACAGCCCGCGGCCUACCUGGCCUUCGUCGAGAGGAUGAGGGACGGUGGCAUGCUGGAGUUCAGGGUCGAUGAGGGCGAUUUUGAGGAAGUCGGACUAUUCACCGUUUGGAAGAAGGAUGGUCGCCAACGCCUGGUGAUCGAUUGCCGGGGCAGCAACUUCAGGUUCGCGGAGCCCGACAAGACCAGCCUGGCCUCGGGGGGCAGCUUCAGCUCCAUCGAGCUCGCGCCGGGCGAGGUGCUGUGGACGGCAGGGGUCGACAUCGCGGACGCCUUCUACAACAUGGGCCUGCCGCCGGAGCUCCGGCACCUCUUUGCGCCCCCUCGGCUUCGGGCAGCGCAGCUCGGGGUACGUGAGCUGGGCGGGCGCCCAGUGCCAGGCCGUGCUUGGGCACGCCCGUGCUUGGCUGUCCUGCCCAUGGGUUGGACGCACGCGCUGGACUUUUGUCAGAAAGUGCACAGAAAUAUCCUAGUCCAGAAGGGAGGUUUCGAUGGUGUUCCUGAAUUGGUCGAUGGCAUGCCAGCACCUCACAUCCAGGACGGGGCCUACACUGCAUAUGUUGACAAGUUCAUUUCUUUUGGUGUGGAUCCAGAUAGGCCCGCGGCCCUCCUGAAGUCGGCCCAAGAGGCCUUGAGCAGCGCGGGACUCCCUCUUCACGAGCCUGAUCUUCCCGCCUCUGUGUCGGAGCAGCUGGGUUGGGUCUUCGAUGGAGAACGGGGAGCUGUGAGGCCCAAGAGCCGUCGUGCAUGGAGGCUUCGUCUGGGGAUCCAGGGUUUGCUGGCUCGCGGGCACGCCUCGGGACGACAAGUAGGGAAGAUUGCUGGGCACUUCGCUUUCAUUGCUAUGUCGAGGCGCCCGCUCCUGGCCGUAUUUAGUGCCGUGUAUGCUUUCUCGAGGAAGUACUUCGAUCGUGUGAUGAAGCUGCCGCCGUCAGUCCGCCGUGAGCUUCGUUGGGCCGCCUCCCUGAUCCCCCUCGCCUGGGCUGAUCUCCAGGCUACCUGGUCUCCCAGGAUCUACGCGAGCGACGCUAGCGAGGAGGGGAGGGGCGUGUGCCAGAAGGAGGCCGACCUGGGGGCCAUUCGCGGUGCUGGGAGAUACGGGGAGAGGUGGCGAUUCCGACGAGGAACUACUUCUAGGCCUCGAGACUGCCUCUUCGAGCAGAGAGACCCGCCGUCCGCCGACACCGCGAAGGUCGAGCCGAUCGCCGAUUCCGUCGAGUCGCCGGAGGUGGAGCACGUCGUGUCGCCGGAGGAGGCGGUGGAGGAUCCUGAGGAUAACUUGUGGAACGUCCCAGAGGUGGAGGAUACACUGUACGGGGGAAGGUGGCAGGUCGUUUCGAGCGGGGGAUGGGCUCGGUCCGAGAAGAUCAUCGUCCUUGAGGGUCGGGCACUCGUUCACUCUCUGAGGCACGCACUUCGCGACUCGAAGUCCUUCGGUAAACGUAUCCUCUUCCUUUGCGAUAACAUGGGGCUCGUGUGUGCUAUGGAGAAGGGCCGCUCCUCAGCCGGGGGAGUCCUCCGCGUGGCCCGGCAAUGGGGUGCCUGGUGCCUGGCGGGCGCGGCGCAGGCCUCGGUGCGCUGGAUUCCGUCUGAGCGGAACGUCGCCGAUGCUCCGUCGCGCCGCCACAUCCCACUCGGGGUUUGGAUCGACAACGGCGCGGCGGACUCAGCCGAGGGCAUCGAGCAGCGGGCCAUCCGAGACGCCGGGCGCAGCAGCCAGCAGGCGGAUUGCCGCAGCGCCGGCCUCGAGCUGGCCGAGCUGGCCGUCCGCGAGCCUGCCAUCGGCGGGCGGCGCCUGAGGGCAGACGCGGCCCGGCCGCGCCAGGUGCUGCGGGCGCUGCCCUUGCCCGCGGCCCGCAGUCGCAAGAUGGCGCGAGCUGUGAGGCGCGCGCAGGCAGCGGCUGCGGGUGCUCGGCGGGCGGCGCUCGGAGGCCCUGGGUCGCUGCUGCAGCGGGCGUCGGUGGCGCGGAUGACCGUGGUCCAGUACAACGGGCUGUGGCAGGACAUCCUCCGCGUGUGGCUGCGGCGGCGUGCUGUGUGCUCGCUGCAGUCGACGCCCGGCGUCGGCGAGACGGCUUUCGUGGUCGCGAGCUGGAUGGACCAGGAGGUCUCGUUCGGGGAGCUGGCGCGGAGCGGCACAAAGGAGCUCGCGGUGGUGAGCUACUACCAGAAGCAGUUCGCAAGGUCGGGAGGGCUCUCCCUUCCGCGCCCAGUGCAGGCCGUGAUGGGCUGGAGGCGGCUCGCCCCGGGGCGGGCGCAGCUGCCGCUGCCCUGGGAGGCCGUCGCGCUGCGCGCGCUGGAGAUGCUGCUGACCGGCUUCUGGGCGAUGGCGGCCUGGGCAGUCGCCGCCGUCAACUGCUGCUUCCGCCCCAGCGAGCUGCAGCGGUUCGGCGCCGAGAUGCUCGUUCCGCUCGUGCCAGGGACCCACGCGGCGGGCUGGGCGGUCGUGAUGUACCCGAACGAGGAGGAGAUCAGUGGCAGGACAGGGCAGUUCGACGAGAAGGACGAGCACGUGGGCAAGCAGCUGCCGCG